AUGCGUCAACAACAAACUAUACAAACUGAACUAGGUAGAUGUAUACGACCAGCGCAAAGUGGGACAAUCGGUGAUGGCAGUUUAAACUCUAUGUCAUAUGAACCAGUAUCGUAUUCAGAUGCAAAUAAUGUAACGUAUGAUGUACCAUGGAUAGUAAAUACUAAUGGCAAUACUAUGGCUAAUGGUUCAGUUAGUGUAAACCAAAGAUUAACCAAUGAACAAUGUGUUCCAUUAUUAUAUAAUGGUUUAUCUACAGGGAUCAAUAAUCAGAUUGAAGGUAAUGCUAAUUCACUUAUGCAUGCAGGUCUACUUAUCCCACCGCCACCAUCCAUUCCACAACCAUCACUGCCAAAUUCAUGUACAAAUUCCACUUUAUCUUUAAAGCCUGUAAAUGUUCAGCCUGGUCUACAAGCUAAUCUACUCUUUCUACAGUCUGGUUGUUAUCCAACCACAGGGAAUUCAGUUGUAUCGAAUUCACAAUUAAGUCAGGGAUCUUCUGGUCAUACAAAUUAUUUAAAUUAUCAUACAUAA